GCAAAUUAAAUUACUGUGUGUAGAAUUCUGUCAAAUUUUGUGUGUCAUGCAAAAACGCUUUUGGAUACGCUAUUUUUAGCACAAGAAGCGUAUUUUCGGUGUGUAUAUGGUGAUUUUGCGGACUCCGCAUCGGGUGUGUUCUAAAGAUGCAAAGAAAACGACCACCAACAAGGAUCAAAGCUAUUACUUACUAAAUCCAAAACUAAGCUAAGCAAACUAUGUGAUAACUGCAUAGCCUAAGUCAAAAAUACGUCCAAGAUGCCUGUCGUCUCCCCAUCACGGUAUACAUCCACCUCUUCCAACCUGACCGGCUCGUACCGGUCUACUCUGACCUCAUCUUCUAGCUUAGACAAGCCAUACUACAGGUCAACUAGUGGCACAUAUGUCACAUCAACACUAAGAAGCUCUUAUGGAGACAGAACUACAGAAUAUAAAUCAAGAUACUCAGAUGUCGAUGGAAAGACGGAAAGAAAGACCUCCUUGGUUGAGUAUACUCGUAGUUCCCGAGCCCCCAGCGUCACUGAUUCUGACAGCGGGAUCUCGUCCAGAUAUAGAACGGAUAGAAGCGAGUCCAGGUCAAGGGAUAUAUCAACAACACGCAGUGAAAGCAGUAAAGUAGAUACUUCUAGAAAUUCAAAAAGGAAUUUCAUAAGUUCCGCUGCUCUGGCUAUGUCAACCGCUGAGUUGUAUAAUAAGUACUCGCCUGCUAAUUAUAUACCUUUAACUCAAAGGAUCCAACAGCAGCAACAACAAAAUCAGAGCAACUAUGGAGAGAUUGCGAGGUCCAAGUCUAUAUCCAAUGAUAUUGGACGUCCACCCGCACCAGAUUCCUACAGGGCUGCGCGAAGAGCUAGGAAUUCAACUGCUGCGACUAUUACUGAGAAACCCGAAGGGAGAAGAUCUUAUAAAGAAAGCUCACCGACUCCCGGCUACAGCAAAAGGAAUUCCAUCUCCAAUGGCGUCAGGGACAGUAACGGCAACGAGGUACCAACCGUCUCCGAGAUCCGCAGGCGGUUCGACCCCAAGAUGACGGUCACCAAACUACCCGCCAAUGAUUCAAGAUUAUCUGCUAAAACCUCUGUAGAACAAUAUCUGAGCCAACUGAAGGAAUGUGAGAACGGUUCCGGUGGCUAUACUAAGGCAGUGUCAAAGGAGGACCAGCCUGUACCCGUCCAUUUGCCAUACGUCGAAAAGAACGGAAUAAGUCAUAGGUGGGAAGUUGGCUCAUCAAAUUCUAGGUCGAAUUCAAACUCUGAUCUUACAAUAAGCAAAACUAUAUCGGAGCCCGUGUCACUCGCUAAACCUAAAGCCGACAACACUAAUAUGUCAAUUUCCUUUACGGCCAAAUUGCCAUCCGAAAGAUUAGCUAGCAUCAAAAGUCAAUUAGAUCCUAACAAUCCUAUUGGAAAGAUAUUAGAAAAAUCAACAGUGAUACAAGUAGCGAAUGGUGAUAUAGACAACACAGAACGUAAAAAGCUACCUAGAAGUAGUCCUGAAGUAAAAGUUAAAGAAUCUCUGAAGAACGAUAUAGAAAAACAAGUAAAAGCUCCGAAACACACUUCGAACUUUGCAUCGUACAUACAAAUAUCACAACCUGUCGCUUCGGGGACUUCUACACCGAAAAUAUCAAGACAAUUAGAUGUAAACAAUAUAAUUAACGAUGAACUAACUCAAGCUGAAUUAACAAUCAAACCGGAACCUAAGAAAAGUAAAGUCAAUCUGAAAUAUAUAGACUCGGAGCAUGAGGACCGUUUGGCUUUAGAGGAAGUAGAAUCUCCAAGUGGCACAGGUUUUGAGAACAAAACCUUUGAACACGAGAACUAUUUGAAGAAACGAUCCGAGAAAGAAUUAGACGAGAAGGAACCAGAAGAUGGUGUGAAGUCAAUGGAAACGAGCACGGAGAGCACUAUCAGUGAGCCGACAGAAGACUCCAGUCCGGAAACUCCGUCUUCUAGAAGACGAAUCCUGGAUAUAAAGGACUACGAAGAUAUUAAAGCGGAAUUGGCCGGCGGCAAGAGCGGGGCUAGCGGGCUCCGGCGUAGCAGCGAGCGCUCUGAUUCGGCCGAGCCGAAGACUGAGCGCCAGUCCAGCCAUACCAGCGGUCUGAACGGUCUUCGCAACAUCGGCAACACGUGUUUCAUGAACAGCGUGCUGCAAUGCCUGUCUAAUACGCGGCCUCUGCUCGAGUAUGUGUCGGAGGAAAAGUACGGACAAGAUAUCAACACCACGCUAUCUUGCAUGAAGGGCGCUCUCAUCAAAGCGUUCGCGAGCGUGAUAAAGGAGCUGUGGCGUAGCGGGGAGCGUGACGCUGUGGUCAAUACGACCAGCCUCAAGUCGCAGGUGCAGCGCUUCGCCCCUCGCUUCAUGGGAUACAGCCAGCAAGACGCACAGGAGUUCUUACGUUACUUGCUGGAGGGCCUGCACGAGGAUGUUAACAGAGUCACCAUCAAACCCAAACCUAUUCUCACCGAAAUCGAUGAUAAUCUCAGUGACAGUGCGAAGGCUGCGGAGGCGUGGUCUCGUUACCUGCGCAUGGAGGACAGCCGUGUGGGUGAUAUCUUCGUUGGCCAGCUCAAGUCCACCCUGCGCUGCACCCACUGCAACCACGACAGCGUCACCUUCGACCCCUUCUGGGACCUCAGUCUGCCGAUCCCGUCUCGUACGGGCAACCUGAAGCUGCAGCAGUGUCUGCAGCACUUCGUUCGUGAAGAAGAACUCGAUGGCGACGAGAAACCGACGUGUUCAAAAUGCGGCGUGCGACGGAAGUGUCUCAAGUGGUUCACGGUGCAGAAGUUCCCGCAAGUUUUGGUGCUACAUCUCAAAAGGUUCUCGCCGACGGAGCGCUUUCGCGGCAAGUUGUCUGUGUGCGUGGAGUUCCCGCUGAACGGACUGGACAUGUCGCCAUUUGCCGCAUGCCGCUCCGCACAGCCUGUGUACAACCUCUACGCUGUCAGCAACCACUCGGGUACGACUUACUCAGGUCAUUACACUGCGUACUGCAAACAUCCAUACAAUGGUGAAUGGCACGAGUACAACGACUCCAGGGUAACACCGAUCAGCCCUCGCAACGUGGUAUCACCAGAGGCUUACGUAUUGUUCUACGAACUGCAGCGCUCGUAGCGCCCCCACAUCCCCGUGACCUGCAACGCACACCACACACUUCUGACUAUAGACACUUACCACUAGCUCUAGUAACCCUUGUUAUACUAGUACUA